AACAAACAAUCAUGUCAGAACCACGCGUAAAACGCAAAAAGCUAACCCUAACACUCAAAAUCAAGAACGAAAUAAUAAACCGAAUAAACGCGGGCGAGACAUACGGCCAACUCUCCCGAGAAUUCAACAUCGGCCGAUCCACCAUCUACGACAUAUACAAAAACCGUCACAACAUAGAAACCGCCGCUAAACUCCCGUACAAAUCGGAAAGGAAAACUUUAAGAUCAGCCGAAAACCCGGAGUUGGAAGAGAAAUUAUACCAAUGGUAUUUGGAAGAAAGGAGUUUGUAUGCUAUGACUGGGUCGCUGAUAAUAUUGAAGGCGAGGACGCUACAUAAGGAGAUGACGGGGAGGGAUGACUUUAUGGCCAGCACGGGGUGGUUGGAUCGGUUUAAGAAGAGGAGAGGGAUAGUGCUGGGGGGGAUUAAAGGAGGUGCCAGCUCCUCACGACCGGAGACUCCACCGCCAGUGCGAGAACCUUUACCAGAGCCAGUACCCGGACCAGCCGCAGAGGACGCCCAAGUUGAGAAGACUAAAGGGGAACAACUUGUGAUCAGGGUGACGGACAAUAUGAACUCCAAAAGAAACGUUUUCAACACGUUCACAAUCAAUGAUGGCCAUUUUGAAAACGUCAUCGUCAAGGAGGAAAGGUUGGCGGGUGAAUACCAGGUUGAAGAACAGGAGAUGGACCCAACAGAUGCUGAGGAAGACGAGCCCCACGAUCAGGAAGAGAUGUUCCCGCAGCCUGAAGCCAUCUUGGGGGGCAUGGAUGAGGUGAUGGAAGAGAAGAACUCUGUUAUCAGGGACCUGAACGACACCCUUCGCAAGUUCUUAGCCGAAUACAAAACACGUAACGCUUUAAUGCGCGAACGCAUAGAUCUAGAGCGAGCGCGUCUACAAUUUGACAUGGAAGUAUACAGGAGCAGACAAAUGGAAAAACGCGUUAUAGCUGUUAAUGCUGCAAAUGCUGCUAGUGUCAUGAACGCUGCAAGCGCUGCAAAUGUCAUGAAUACGAAUGCAGCUAAUAUUAUGAAUGUGAAUUCAGCUAAUGUAAUAAAUGCUGCAAAUAUCAUGAAUGCUGCAAGUGCUGCUAACGUCAUGAAUGCGAAUGCAGCUGUAAUGACCAAUGCUAAAAAUGCUGGAAACGUUAGCAAUGUUAACAUUACAACUGUUGGUAGUGUUGGUAACGCUGGCAAUGGGAAAAAUGCUAAUGUUAUAACGGUGAACGCGUUAAAUGCUGGAAAUACUGCUAACGUAACCACUGCCAAGAAUGUUGUAAAUGUAACAAGUGUUAGUAAUGCUUCUAAUGUCAUCACAGUUGCUGCUACAAGUUCUAACGCAGCCAAUACUAGUAAAGCUAACUCUAUAAUCACUAUAAACCCUACGAAUACUAGCAACACUGGAAACGCAGGUAAUAAUAAUAAACCUGCUAAUCCUGUUAUGACUCUCAAUCCUAUAACCUCUGGAAAUACUGGAAUCUCUGUUACAGUUAAGAAUCCUAGCAUCGAAAACGCUUCUAAUGUUGCUGCGAAUUCGCCAAAUGCUGCGAACGAGAAAAAUGUUGAUAAUAUUAAAGCAGAAAGUGUUGCUAAAACUGUUGAUGAUGUUAAUAUCAAAACACAAGACGCUAUGGAUGAAACUUAGA